AUGGCGACUUCCACCGUGGUAGAUGUCGAAUAUAGUGUUGAACUGACUCAAGUUGGCCCCAGCAAAGCGGACGGUCCCAGCAGCCACAAUGAGCCCUUGAGCGAGCCGGCAGACCGAUCAGCAGGACGGAGCUUAAACCCAGAGACCGACAUUGGACAGCAAGACGAGUAUCCGACGGGUGCUAAACUAUGGCUCAUCAUUCUGUCUGUGUGCGGGGUUCUCGUUCUCACCAGCAUAGACAUGAACAUCGUCGCUACAGCCGUGCCCAGCAUCACCGACCAUUUCCACACGGUUGCUGACGUGGGCUGGUAUUCGUCUGCGUUCCGGCUCUGCCUCUGCGCCUUUCAGUUCAUGUUCGGCAAGGCGUACACCUUGUUUUCCGUCAAGUAUCUGUUCCUGCUCGCCAACGUCAUCUCCAUCGUGGGCUCCUUAUUCUGCGGGACUGCGACCUCCUCAAACAUGCUCAUCAUGGGGAGGGCCGUGGCCGGAUUGGGCUCAGCCGGCAUAUUCUCUGGGUGUUUUGUCAUCUUGGUGCAGUCGCUUCCUCUCCACCGGCGACCUCUGUUCGUCGGCAUGAUGGGAGCAAUUGAAGGGCUAGCAACGCUGUCCGCUCCGCUGCUUGGCGGUGUCCUCACGCAGUCACUUGGCUGGCGAUGGUGUUUCUACAUCAACCCCCCCCUGGGAGUCGUCACACUGCUUCUCACCAUGUGGUGCUACUCGGACAAGCCUAAGAGUGCCGAAGUCGAUCAGAUGACCUUUGCACAGAAGAUUCUGCAGCUCGAUCUGGUGAGCAACUUGCUGUUCAUCCCGGCACUGACGAGCCUGUUUAUUGCACUAUCAUGGGCCGGCACCAAGUAUCCCUGGAAUAGCCGCCAAGUCAUCAUUCCGCUCGUCGUCUUUGUUGUUCUUCUCGCUGGCUUCAUCUACAAUCAGUUCAGGCGGGGUGACGCAGCUGCACUGCCUCCUCGGAUUAUCAAACGGCGAACCGUCAUCGCGGGCUUCAUCUUUAUCACAUGCACCAACAGCACUGCAAAUGUGCUCGAAUAUUACUUGCCUACCUACUACCAGACUGUUCGCGGUUAUUCUCCUGCUAAGAGUGGUUAUUUGAUGUUCCCCAUCAUCGUUGGGGCCACCGUCGGCUCAAUUCUCCAUGGGACCGGCACGAGUACGUUCGGCCACUAUGGGCCUUUUAUGUUAUUUGCCUCCAUCAUCAUGCCCAUCGCUGCGGGCCUCGUGACGACGUUUGAAGUCGACACGAGCAUGGUUAAGCUCAUCAUGUACACUGCCUUGUGCGGCCUCGCCUAUGGGAUUGGGUUCUCGGGGCCCCAGAACGCGGUACAGACGGUGUUGCCUGCAGACGAGGUCCCCUUGGGCAUGUCCAUCAUGCUAUUCGCCCAGUCGUUCGGGCCAGCCGUGGCCAUCGCAAUUGCACAAGUUAUUUUCACCAACCAGCUCUGGACCAACCUCAGUGGCUUCGUUGAAGGAUUAACUCGGGCAGAGAUGGAGAAGAGCGGCCUGAGUGAGAUUGUGUCGAGCGUACCAUCAGAAGGAGCGGCGCAGGUUCUUGAAGGGAUUGAUAAGAGUAUCAACCAGACAUGGUAUUUGGUCGUUGGAUUCGCAUGUGCGACCAUGGUUGGGUCAUUAUUGAUAGAGUGGCGAUCGGUCAAAUCGAAGCGCGCAUAG